UGGGUGUGCUCUGGGAGUUGGUGAUCUUAGGAGUAACAUCAGCUCUGAUGCAGGGGACCAGCAAAGGCCUUGCGGCCAUGAAGCUGAAUGAGCGAAGUCUCGCCUUCUACGCGACCUGCGAUGCACCGGUGGACAAUGCUGGCUUCCUGCACAAGCGUGGUGGGCGAGGGGCCGGCUCGCACCGGCGCUGGUUCGUGCUUCGUGGCAACAUGCUCUUCUACUUCGAGUCGGAGGCCAGCCGCGAGCCGCUGGGUGUCAUCCUGCUGGAGGGUUGCACGGUGGAGCUGGUGGAUGCCCGGGAGGAGUUUGCCUUUGCCGUGCACUUUGCUGGCGGUCGUUCUCGGCCUUAUGUGCUGGCAGCCGACAGCCAGGAAGCCCUGGAGGGCUGGGUGAAGGCGCUAUCUCGAGCCAGCUUCCACUACCUGCGCUUGGUGGUGCGUGAGUUGGAGCAGCAGCUGGCAGCCAUGCGGGAGGGAAGCCCUGCCAACGCCUUGCCGGUCCACCCAAGUCCGGUCUCGAACCCGCGACCCAAGGAGAAUGGCCGGGCAGUAUGGAGCGCUCUGCCCGAAGAACCCACUGCAGCCCCCAAGCGCCCACCGCUGCCACCCCGUCGCAGGGCCUCUGCACCCAAUGGGCCCUUGGUAUCCUUCGCCCAGCUGCAUGAGCGAUAUGGAUUGGAGGUGCAGGCCCUCAGGAGCCAGUGGCGUGGAGGCCAGGCUGACCUAGCUGGCCUGGAGGUCUGGCAUCCUUCUAGCUCUGGUGGGACUCAUACCCAGGACCAGCCUUAAGGGGCCUACUGGCUGUGAGGGAAGCCUGAGUACAGAAGGCCCUAAGUACAGUACGGGUUGGACUCGGAGCCAGGCUUUCAGGGGACAUAGGACAUAUUACCAGAAGACCUCUGGGAUCAGUGGCAGUUACUGCUAAGAAGAACCUGGGACCUGAACAUGCUUCAAAAGCUCAAGGAACUGGUUUCUAGGCAACUCUGCCCCAGGACAGACCUGGGGCUGGCCACAGGCCUUCUGUCCCAGGACAACCC